UUAGAGCUAUUUGUAUUUUCCAGAAAUCUGCCCAUCUCUACAUGGGCUAUAAAGAGGCAAAGUAUUUAAAAUAUUUAUAUACUAUCACAACAAAAAAGAUAUUAAAACACCAUGGCUGCUUCUCGAUGCCUACGAAGCCUCGCCAAGAUACGCCUUAUUCCCUUAAUUUUACCCCAAAUAUGGGAAUUGAAACCUUGAACGGUGCGAAUUUUUCUUCAUGGAAAGAUUCACUGAUGCUAACUCUUGGCAUGUUGGAUUUUGAUUAUGCACUGAGAGAGCCUGCCCCUCCUGCCCUCACUGAUAAAAGUACUGCUGAAGAUAAAAUAGUACAUGAGAGAUGGGAGAGGUGCAACAGAAUGGCUCUUAUGCUCAUUAAAAAUUCCAUCAGCAUAAUCAUCAGGGGGGCUAUUCCAGAUUCAUCUAAUGCUAAAAUAUAUCUGGCUUCUGUGGAGGAACAAUUCAAAGCAACUUCUAAGGCACAUGCUAGUACUCUUAUUUUGAAGAUGGUGACUACGAAAUAUGACGGGAAAAGCGGCAUUCGUGAGCACAUCAUGAUGAUGAACGACAUGGCCCGCAAGCUUAAGGGAUUAGACAUGGAGAUCAGUGAAGGUUUUCUGGUGCACUUCAUAAUGACUUCUCUUCCUGCAUCUUUUGAAGCUUUCAAGGUCAACUACAACACCCAAAAGGUCAAGUGGUCGAUGAAUGAGUUGAUUGCUAUGUGCGUACAAGAAGAAGAGCGUCUGAAGCUGGACAAACCUGAUGUGGCUUACCUCAUGACCGCUAAUCCAAAGAAGAGGAAGGGCAAUGUCGAUAAGAAGGAAGUUUCUAAAGUCCAGAAACGUGAUGCAAGUGCUUCUUCCAGCUCUAAGAACUCCAAAGGGAAGUCUUACUGCAAGUUCUGCCGCAAGGAAGGACAUAGACAGAAAGACUGCCAAGACUUUAAGGAGUGGCUGACGAAGAAAGGGAUUCCUUACAAUCCAGAAGCUGGAAAGAAACCGAAGAACACUUAAGCUGGGGAAUGGAACAGAACUAGCUGUCGAANACUAUACUUGUCCUUUACGUAGAUGACAUUCUAUUGGCAAGUAAUAGUUUAGACAUGUUGCAUGAGUCCAAGCGCUUACUCUCGCGUAAUUUUGACAUGAAAGAUCUCGGAGAGGCUUCUUAUGUUAUUGGCAUCGAAAUACACCGAGAUAGAAUCAAUGGUAUUUUGGGAU